AUCCGCCACGUCGCGCGUUCACGGGCCCGUCUGUCCUUUUUGGUCGAUGCUUGUUCCUUUGAACUUGCUUGGUGUGUCCGUCUGAGCAGGGACUGUAUGUUGUCGCAAAGCCUUAUCUCAACAUCACACCACUCCUCCUCUCUGCUUCCUUCUCUGUUGUGUAGCUGUCAUGGAGCUUCCAGCUGAAAAAUGGAAAAUGCCCGAUACCAAGGCUGUUGGCAACGAAAUCGUAGUUCGAGUUACUCCUCGCGACUUGUGGUACUGGCAAGCCGACACACAUUGGAAGCACUGGCAUGGCUUUUGGAUCAAUUACCAACCAACCAAGUCGAAAGAAGUAUGCAAAGAGUACAAGUCUGUGCGGUCACUGCAGAUUGUUGACCCUGAACGGACGAAGCUGUACCACAGAAAUCAGUGGUAUGAUGCUAGAGGGUUUGGCAAAGACGUCAACUGGGAGUAUGGGCCCUGGCACAUGACUUUGGAGGAGCACGCCUUACAUGAUGGAAUUUUGCACCCAAAUUCCAAAGAUCACCGCGUCCUCUUGUUUCCCUCUGGAAACCUCGGAUGGAUUCAAAUGUACCUCAAGCCAAAUGAUCCCAGAUCAGUCAUUUUCAGCGAGCCAAUGUUUUAUGUCAAUCACAAGCAAAGAAUCUCUGUCCCUGUGGGCUACGACAGUGCAGGUGUGCUGGGAGUGGCUCUUCUUCUGGAGGAGGUGCAAGACCAUGAGGAAAGGAUGGACUCUUCGUGGACUGGUACUCUUUGGAAACAAACCAGGGAUCCAUUGGAGGACACCAGGGAGGAGCCAAAAGGGAUUUACCGAGGCCCCGAAGAGAGUAUAAGUCCAAAGCUAGAGUGGAGGCUGCGGGAGGCUGAGUGGCAAGGCUUCAAAGGGGGCUUGAACGAAGAAGAAGCAGCUAACUAUACGCUUGUGUACAUGCCCAACAAUGUCACUAUAUUUGCCCCCACGAAUGCUGCUGUGCACAAGGAUUUCGCUUUCUAUGUGACGUUUAUGGAAAAUGACAAACGAGUGCGGGCAAUCUCUGUUGCUUACGGAGCUGAUCUGAAUCUCUCUUAUAUCAAAUCUGGAAUUUAUGACAGGGUUGAUUGAAAGAGGAUAUGGUAAAUCCUCUUUCAUAUUCAGCAGCUGUUUCUCGAUUCAGCGUGUCUUCCGGCUAAAUUUUUCGACCCUUGAAGUCUGAAUCACGAAGUCCUUUUUUCUUUACUCCCCUCAUGUGGACAUAUGGAGCACUACAACGAUCGUCAGCUUAGCCUGGCCUAUAUUUUGCUUGCCUGAUCUUCCAAGGUUUUGCGUAUUCUUGCCUACGUUAAACUAAACAGACUCGUAAUCAUUGUAGCACCUGGAAAUUUAGGGAUGAUCCUUCCUAAGAAAGUAUGUGACUAGGUGACUAGUUAGUAAUUAUAAUUCCCUAUAAAUGAAUACGCAGAAGCCAUGGUGGUGUUGCAUAUCCGUGAUUAUUUAUCGUGGACUUUUUAUUGAAACAGGAAACGGCACGGAUCAUAUGCUUGGUGUUGGCAACUGUUAUAAAAUGCUUCGAGAGUUAUUCCUAGACUUGUGAUCCGCUUGAUCCGCGUUCAAACACGUGCGUUGUGAAAACAAGGAGAAAGUUGAAAGCGCUCCUUAUUUGGGAAAUGGCUUGUUCUCACUCAGAAUCAGCUACAUAUCGAGGUUGUGUGUUUCUCAGCUGAGUUUCGUGCAUCACACGUUUUUAGUCACACCUUGGAGACGGUUUCCAUCUACCUCUAUCAUCUAGUAAUGUAGCGGACAUGGUUGUGGCAUGGGUGUAAAUGUUGAGUGUGCUAUCCCUUGAUUCUCACGGCCAUCAUACAGCCCUUGAUGAAUCAAUAUGGGAUUUUUUUGUGGGUUGCCUUCUGCAAGUUCUCUUCAAGUUGCAAAGUGAUAAAUGUCGGAUGUAAACAGUAAGAACUAGAGUGAUUCUAGCUGAUACACAGUGUUGGAAUAAAUUGAAAUUGCAAAGGCUGCCUUGAGGGACUCUUGAGCAUCACUUCAGUUGCUCAACCGAGGGCUCCAAGUGCUUUAUCUCAA